CAACGACACGCGGGUGCUGUCGGAAACGCAGGGCGAUGGGCAGACAGAUGUGCGGAACAGCGGAAGGAUCCCCCGUCUGGGGUAACCUGGACCCGUGCGGCCUGAUCUGUGCCGUCAUCACGUACGGCCUCGUGGCCUACGCCCAGUACGCGGUGACGGUGUGCGUGGUCGGGCAGUGGCUGGGGCGAUCCUUCUUCGGGGUGAUCCACGUGGUGGCCUUUAACCUGCUCGCCUGCCUCGCCCACGCUUCGCACGCGAGGGCCAUGCUGACGGAUCCGGGAGCCGUGUCGUGCCACGCCUUGCCGCCAGCUGCCGAGGUGGAGGCGGCGGGCGGCGGCGGCGCAAGCGGCAACGGGAGAGACUUCGCAGCGGACUCGCGACGGUUCUGCCGCAAGUGCAACGCGUACAAGCCCGUGCGCGCGCACCACUGCUCGAUCUGCCGCCGAUGCGUCGUGAAGAUGGACCACCAUUGCCCGUGGGUAAACAACUGCGUCGGCAUCGGCAACCACAAGUUCUUCAUCCAGUUCAUUUCGUACGUGUUGGUCAUCUCCGCGUACGCCCUGCUUCUGGCGGUGUGCCGGUUCUGCGCGUGCCUCAAGAACAUCGGCGCUUGCCAAACCUCCCCGGCGAAGGACAUGGCGGUGGUGUUUUUGGUGGUGGAGGUGAGAAAGAGAGGGGGGGGGGGGGGAGGGAAGGAUGUAUGGCGGCGGGGGUGGAGGUGA